AUGGGAGAUAAUGAGGGGAAAAUCCUAAUUGAAAUUAGUAGAAGACGAAAAAGAAUAGAACAUUGGGUACAAGAGGAACCAAAAUCGUCCUUCGGCAUCAGAAAAACUUCAGCAAGGCGAUACAGAGGUAUAGAUCUUCCAAAAUCAUUUAUAAAAGACAUAGAUCUUCCAGAAUCAUUUGUAAAAGACAUAGAUCUUCCAAAAUCAUGUGCAGAAGACAUAGAUCUUCCAAAAUCAUUUGCAGAAGACAUUGAUCUUCCAAAAUCAUUUGCAGAAGACAUUGAUCUUCCAAAAUCAUUUGCAGAAGACAUUGAUCUUCCAAAAUCAUUCGCAGAAGACAUAGAUCUUCCAAAAUCAUAUACAGAAGACAUAGAUCUUCCAGAAUCAUUUGUAAAAGACAUAGAUCUUCCAAAAUCAUGUGCAGAAGACAUAGAUCUUCCAAAAUCAUUUGCAGAAGACAUUGAUCUUCCAAAAUCAUUUGCAGAAGACAUUGAUCUUCCAAAAUCAUUUGCAGAAGACAUUGAUCUUCCAAAAUCAUUCGCAGAAGACAUAGAUCUUCCAAAAUCAUAUACAGAAGACAUAGAUAUUCCAGAAUCAUUUGUAAAAGACAUAGAUCUUCCAAAAUAA